AUGUUCGCUCCCGCCGCUCCCCUCGCCCGCGCAGUCUCGAAAGCCCGCACUGCCGCGUCCCAAACCGCCUCGGAGAUCCAAGACGACAUCCACGUCGCCGAGCGCUUGUACGCUCAAGCGACGCAUCCAGAGGAUGAGGGUCAGGAGGUACCGGAGGAGUUGGACGCGGAUGAGGCGGAGGAGGUUAUUGAGGAUGAGUAUAGGCCUUUGAUGGAUGGGGAGGAGGGGGAGGAGGGGCGUGAUGGUGAGGCUGGUGGGAAGGCAGCGAAGGGCAAGAGGAAGAGGUGGGAUGAAGAGGGAGGGGAGACGAAGGUCAGGAAGUUUGAGGUCUGGCUCGCGCAACUCAUCUUCUUCAUCCUCGGCGCCUGCAUCCUCCUCUCCUGGAACACCGAGAUCGUCGCCGGCGCCUACUUCGGCGCACGACUCGUCGGCUCGCCCUUCCAGACCAGCUUUGCGAGCUUCGUCGCCUUGACGUUCACGACUGGCAAUUUGGCAUUCCUGGCGCAUGCGAAUGCGACGCAGGGAGGGGCCAACCUCUCGCGGCGGAUUCAAAGCAGCAUCGUCACGCUUAUCCUGAUCCUCGUCAUCUUCAUCGUCUCGACGCAAGUCAAGGAGAUCCCAGCAAACCUCUUCUUCGCCUACCUCAUCGUCUCGGCCGUCAUCCUCGCCGCCUCCGCCUCCUACCUCCAGAACGCUGUCGUCGCACUCUCCGCCAGCUUCGGUCCCCGGUUCCUCAACCAGAUCUUGUCGGGACAAGGGGCUAUCGCGUUCGCCGUCGCUGGGAUCCAGUUCGCGGCUGCGUACGGCGCAGUCAAGAAUCAGAAGCCCGAGUCUCCAUCUAGCGCAUUCCGUCUGCAAGCGGACUACGCGCUAUCCGACCCGCAACUCGUUGCCGACCUCGCAGCGGCCGUCCCGCCUCCCGCUGUCCGACAAACCGCAUUCACCUUCUUUCUGACCGUCGGGAUCUUCGCCGCCGUCUCACUCGUCUCGUACUGGGUCCUUCUCCGCCUCCCGCUCUAUCGCCUCGUCAUCCGCGCCUCAUUCGACGAAGAUGCCGCAACGACCAAACCCAAGCAAGCCGCCUCCUCUACCUCCCUCCACGUCGUCGAGCGCAAAGUCCGCCACCUCGGCAUCGCAAUGUUACUCAUAUUCGCCGUCACACUCGCCGUGUUCCCCUCCAUCACCGCGACAAUCGUCUCGGUCAAGACGGGCGAGCCGGACGUCAAGCUCUUCCAGAGACCGGAGCUGUUCGUACCGCUUGGAUUCGCGGUGUUUGCGGCGGGAGACUGGUUGGGGAGGGUCAUGCCGCAGUGGGAGAAGCUCGCGUGGACCAACUGGAAGAUCUUGAUGGGGAUUAGCGUCGCGAGGCUGAUCUUUGUGCCCCUCUUCUUGAUGUGCAACCAGACAGCGGGAGGAGCUGGACGGGCAAUCAUUCGCUCGGACGUCGCCUUCUUCCUCAUCAUGUUCGCCUUCGCCGUCUCGAACGGCUACAUCUCGACGCUCAUCAUGCUCGCGUCGGUCGUCGAGCCAUCGCUCGAGCAGGAGGAAAUUGAGGUCGCCGCGACAUGCCUCGCUUUCUACCUCACGGCGGGUCUUUCAGCCGGCUCCUUCCUCUCGUUCGCCGUGCGCGCCGCCACUUGCCGCUGCAACCCCUUCGUCUAG